ACCACCACACCGCUUCACCCUGAGGAUGACUACAGCCCUCGUGAGAGGUGAGGUGGCCUACGCUUCCCAGAGCGGCCUGAGGGGACACCUCCCACGGAGAGAUACUCCACCUGCCUUAUGCGCAAUGAGAAGGGUCUGGGCUUCAGCAUUGCUGGUGGCAAAGGUUCCACACCCUACCGGGCUGGUGACACGGGGAUCUUUAUCCCACGAAUUGCAGAGGGUGGUGCAGCCCAUCGGGAUGGGAUCCUGCAUGUAGGAGACAGGGUCAUCUCGAUCAAUGGGGUAGACAUGACAGAAGCCAGGCAUGAUCAGGCAGUAGCGCUGCUUACCGCAUCCUCCCCCACCAUCGUGCUGCUGGUAGAGCGAGAGGGUGCAGAGCAGCUCAGCGAGGGAGACUCACCAGGCGUGCCACGAGUGCGCAUGCACUCCCCACCACCGCCUCCCAGCCAUGGGGAGAGCCCACCUGAGGAGACACCUUCCUGCAAGGAACUGCAAAGGAACCGUCUGUCUAAAAGCCUGGAGGAUCAAUAUCCCAUUGAGGAAAUACACCUUGUAAAAGCAGGUGGUCCCCUGGGACUCAGUAUCGUAGGAGGCAGUGACCAUUCAAGCCAUCCAUUUGGGAUUCAUGAACCAGGUGUCUUCAUUUCAAAGGUCAUUCCCCGUGGGUUGGCAUCUCGCAGUGGACUCCGUGUAGGGGACAGGAUUCUGGAAGUGAAUAGUAUUGACCUGCGCCAUGCUACCCACCAGGAAGCAGUGAAUGCCCUACUCUCCAACACCCAGGAGCUGACUGUGUUAGUAAGACGAGAUCCACCACCACCUGGUAUGCAGGAAAUAUGCAUUGAAAAGGCUCCAGGAGAGAAGCUGGGCAUCAGCAUCCGGGGUGGAGCAAAAGGUCAUGCUGGAAAUCCAUUUGAUCCCACUGAUGAAGGCAUCUUCAUUUCUAAGGUGAGCUCCUCUGGGGCUGCUGCUCGGGAUGGCCGUCUGAAGGUGGGAAUGCGGAUCCUGGAGGUGAAUCAUCAGAGUUUGCUGGGAAUGACACAUACAGAAGCAGUACAGAUACUGCGAAGUGUGGGUGACACACUCUUGGUGCUGGUGUGUGAUGGAUUUGAUCCCAAGGCUGCAGCUGCCAUUGAGAUGUCUCCAGGAAUUAUUGCAAACCCUUUUGCUGCUGGUAUUGGGCGGAAGAAUAGCCUAGAAAGUAUCUCAUCUAUUGAUCGUGAUUUAAGCCCUGAAGAACUGGAGAUCCUACAAAAGGAGAUGGAAAUGGUGAGAGAAGCAACUCAGUGGGAGAGAGAAGAAAUGGAGAAAGUGAAUAUCACGAGUGAACCUUUGAGACUGGACUAUCGGACCCUGGCUGCUUUGCCCAGCAGUGGCUUACACAGAGUCAAUCGCACUGCUCCUGCGAGCGAGGCUGGGACAGGAAUUUCCCGGAGGGAAACCCCCUAUUCUCCUAGUAACCAGCAGGCUUCCAUUAAUUUCAUUGCAUCACAGGAUGAUAGUAAAUCAGUGCCAAUGCCAAGUGGACUGCACAGCCCCGAACAGCAAUCUUUCCGCAAGAGGCAGAAGUAUUUUGAAGUUGAGGUUAAGCAGCAGCAGAUGGAUAAGCCUCCCAAGCGUGUCUCCUUGGUAGGAGAGGAUGACCCGAAGAAAAUGAAGGAAGAAGAAGCUCAAAAGCUGCAGCAGAAACGUACCCUUCUGUUGGAAGAAGAAGUGGAAGAGGAUGAGAUGAUAAAACGAGUGCCUGAGGUGAGCAUGCAGUCCAGUGUCAUCAUUGAAGGAGUUGAGUACAAGAUUGAGAGACUAAAUGGAAGGAACAUCCAGCCUCCAGGAACUCGGUCUCAAGAGUUAUCCACAGCAGUGAAACUGAGAAGGAGCCUGAAGACAGAGUAAACAUGGCCAUGCAAGUCUAGGGAGGACCUUCCCAACAUGGACAUACAGAGUGGGUUUUGGAAUAGUCAUCAGAACAACUACAAAAAGACAGGCUUGGAUAGGCAUCAGCCAGGGGCUCUGUUGGUAAUGAAAAGUAACUGAGUUUAAGUAAAUGCAGUAAAUGAAGGACCAAGGACCUUCCAGGCAGACAUUUCACAGUGAGCAGAUUGCACUGAUGACUGGAUAGAGGAGCAGAAUUUUGUGCCUAUUUUGAAUAAAUGGUAGUAUAGAAAACCUCAAAUGCUCUUAGUUGUGUGAGCGGUUCCAAAGUGCUCUCCAACAUGUAUGUGCAUGUUAAUAAUAAAAUAUUU